GGAGCGGCAGCGGCGGCGGCGGCGGCGGCCAAGCCCGGGAGGCGGAGGCGGGACGCGGGAGGCGGUGGCGACGGUGGCGGCGGUGCGCGGAGACGUAGCAGCGGCAGCAUGUCGGCCGGCGGAGCGGCAGUCCCGCCGCCCCCGAACCCUGCCGUGUCCUUCCCGGCGCCCCGGAUCACCCUGCCCAUUGGCCCUGACAUCCUGAGGACCUACUCGGGAGCUUUCGUCUGCCUGGAGAUUGUACUUGGGGGACUUGUCUGGAUUUUGGUUGCUUCUUCCAAUGUUCCUCUACCUCUGCUGCAAGGAUGGGUCAUGUUUGUAUCUGUGACAGCUUUCUUCUUUUCGCUUCUCUUCCUGGGUUUGUUCCUCUCUGGUAUGGUGACUCAGAUUGAUGCCAACUGGAACUUUCUGGAUUUUGCCUACCAUUUCGUAGUCUUUGUCUUCUACUUCGGAGCCUUUUUAUUGGAAGCAGCGGCCACCUCCCUGCAUGAUCUGCAAUGCAACACAACGAUGGUCGUGAAGCCGCUACUGAACGAUAACCAGUACAACAUCAAUGUGGCUGCCACAGUUUUCGCCUUUUAUGACCACGGCUUGUUAUGGUUGCAGUUUGUGUCUGGCUUUGCGAAGAUGGCGACCGUAACACUCCUUGGAAACCGACAGUUGUGUGCUAGUUUCAUUUGUCUGCUUUACAUGUCUGAUCACUUGGGCACCAUUUGUCCCAAUGUAACAUUCCAAACAUCAUUUGCUUAGUACAGAGAGAACCUCAGUGAAAGCUGAGGUUUGUUACGUGGGCGGGAUUUUCAUUUUAUUCUAAUGUUAGAAAAGUAUACUUUUGUUUUUUCAUCUCUUUUCUUUUUCAAUACAUUUCCCUUAUAUAUUCUUAAAAUAUACAGACACUGUUCACAAAACAAUAGUAUUCCUUUUUUUUAUGAUUUUGGUUAAGUCACCCGAACCUUAAUAAUAGUAAAUAACUAAAACAUCUCAAGCAGACGUCUCAUUUAAUUCUAUCUUUAAUGUAAAACAGGAAAUGAUACACUUUUUUUUAACCAAAAGACCAGGCAGCACCUGCAUAGGCUUUAAUAAGCCUUAUUAUAGCUUCUGGGGCAGUUGUUCCAUCCUGUGGUAACAAAAGCAGCUGCAGAUAACAUGUAAAUAAAUGUCUAUCCUAAUAAAGCUUUAUUUACGAAAAGGGAUCGAGACUGGAUGGUCUGCAGACCACAACUUUAUCAACUACUGCCAUAAAAACCUUAGGUGUUUUGCAUUCUACUGAACCAAUCAUGAAAGUUUAUCAACCUCACUAGAAAAGCCACAUAACAUAUUUUGUUUUGUUAUGCAACAAUCACAUUGCCUUUGUUUAAUAGUCAAAUAUUACCCUUGGAAGGGCAUAUAGUUUCUCAAGCUAACCCCGGCAGAGCCUUGGAUGUAUAGCAAAAUAAGGUAGGAAAUAAACUCCAAAC